GAAUCGGACAUCUCUUGAUCAGAAGAGGUGCGGCGCUUCAACUUCAAAUUGGUGUCAAAACAGUGCCAGUCACCAUCUCACACCUGCAAAAGGGGUUAUAGUGACAGACUUGGACAUUUUCAUUUGUUUCCAGAGUUGAAACAUUUACUUUCGGUCUGCACUGAGGAUAUACAGGAAGAGGUAACCGCAGAUUUCACUUUUGCGCUCAGAUUGUUCUUCCCGUCGCUCUCAGCAUGGCUUCAACAACCUGCACCAGGUUUACCGACGAAUAUCAGCUGUAUGAAGAACUGGGAAAAGGAGCCUUUUCUGUGGUGAGAAGAUGUAUGAAAAUCUCUACUGGUCAGGAAUAUGCUGCCAAAAUCAUCAACACCAAAAAGCUGUCUGCCAGAGAUCACCAAAAACUGGAACGAGAGGCCCGAAUUUGUCGUCUACUCAAGCAUCCCAACAUUGUGAGGCUCCAUGACAGCAUAUCAGAGGAGGGUGUUCACUACCUCGUCUUUGAUUUAGUCACAGGAGGGGAACUGUUUGAAGAUAUUGUUGCCAGAGAGUACUACAGUGAGGCCGAUGCCAGUCAUUGCAUACAGCAGAUUCUAGAGAGUGUUAAUCAUUGUCACCUAAAUGGCAUUGUACAUCGAGACUUGAAGCCAGAGAAUCUUCUCUUGGCCAGCAAACUGAAGGGUGCAGCAGUGAAACUGGCUGAUUUUGGGCUGGCUAUCGAGGUACAGGGAGACCAACAAGCGUGGUUUGGGUUUGCUGGAACUCCAGGUUAUCUGUCUCCUGAGGUGCUGAGGAAGGAGCCUUAUGGCAAACCAGUGGACAUGUGGGCAUGCGGUGUUAUUCUGUACAUCCUUCUUGUGGGUUAUCCUCCUUUCUGGGAUGAAGACCAACAUCGACUUUACCAGCAGAUCAAAGCUGGUGCAUAUGAUUUUCCCUCUCCUGAGUGGGACACAGUGACACCAGAGGCGAAAGAUCUGAUCAACAAGAUGCUGACUAUAAACCCUGCCAAACGCAUCACAGCAGCUGAGGCCCUCAAACACCCCUGGAUCUGUCAACGUUCCACAGUGGCAUCCAUGAUGCACAGACAGGAGACAGUGGAAUGCCUGAAGAAAUUCAAUGCCAGGAGGAAGCUUAAAGGUGCUAUCCUUACUACAAUGCUUGCUACACGGAACUUCUCAAGCAAGAAUCCAUACAAGAAACCUGAUGGUGUUAAGAUCAACAACAAAACCAACGUAAUCACCAGCCCUAAAGAACCUGCCCCCUCUCCUGCUCUGGAGCCUCAAACUACUGUUAUCCACAAUCCCACUGAUGGAAACAAGGAAUCAUCAGAGAGUGCUAACACCACUAUUGAAGAUGAAGACAUUAAAGCACGUAAACAGGAGAUAAUUAAAGUCACAGAGCUGCUGAUCGAAGCCAUUAAUAAUGGAGAUUUUGAAGCAUACACGAAGAUUUGUGACCCUGGACUGACAUCUUUUGAACCUGAAGCUUUGGGAAACCUAGUGGAGGGGACAGAUUUCCACAGGUUCUACUUUGAAAACUCUCUCUCCAAAGGCCACAGACCCAUCCACACCAUCUUGCUGAACCCUCAUGUACACCUGAUCGGAGAGGAUGCUGCAUGCAUCGCUUAUAUAAGGCUCACCCAAUACAUGGAUGUCAACAAUAUGCCUCGCACCAUGCAGUCGGAAGAAACGCGUGUCUGGCACCGUCGUGACGGCAAAUGGCAGAACAUCCACUUCCACCGGUCUGGCUCACCAACUGUGCCCACCAAGUGAGUUAAUAAGGUCUCCAGAGCACAGCCUUUCCUGUCAAAUGAGCUUCAACAAGUGUCUGGCCCAACUCAACCAUGAUCUUCAUAGUUUGCUCUACUGUACCAGAGUCUUGUUUACAUUUACUGUUGGACUAAUAGAAUAUAGCUGGUUGAAGAAUCAUUUCAGAUCAGGAUGUGGUGUGUUUGUAUUUGAGUACAUUUACAUGUAUUGAGUAUGCUGUUUACACACUAUACUCAUUUAUGUGAAAAGCAUGUUCUUACUUAGUACUUAAAUAUUUUUUAAAGGGUUAAAUUUUUGUAUGACAAAAUACAUGGAGCCAUUUGUUAGUCAUCUGUGGUGUUUGGGUACAGGGGUACCGUAUAUCAGAAAAUAAUUAAUCAAGGUUUAAAAAAAAAAUUGAAUUCGUCAAGAUCCAAAAUUUCUUAUUUCUUAAAAUGACAAAUAUGAGCUUGCUUAUGGUUUUCAGUGAUGUACAUUUUGUGAAGUUAUGUGAAGUGCUAUUUCUGCUUACACUUCGGAGCAUUACCAGGUUAUUUUUAGCACACAUACUGUAGGAAGCAUUGUGCGAUUUUCUUGGAUAACCCAAAAUUCUGAGAAGGGAAAAGGUUUAGAGUUUUAUUUUAUUUGCUCAUGAGUUGUCACAGUUAUCGUGCAUCUGAAUAUAUGAAAAAAAGAAUGUAAUAACUCAAAUUUCACUACCAGAUAUGCUCAGAUGCUCAUUCUGGAAAGAAAAAUAAAAUUAAAUCACACAAAUGGCUAGCAAAGCCAGAUAAGUUUUUCUUUUAUUUUCAAUUAAUUGUAUGAAAUUUAGUUUUGUUGUGGUAACUUAAUUGUAUACAUUUUCAAAUGUGUCUGCUUCUCAUUGUAAUUUGUGGUACUCUUCGAGGAAAAUCUAACAGGUUGGUUUCUCAUUUUUAUCUUUUAUGAAUAAUGCAUAACAUUUCACUCUUAGUCAUCUCUCAUACAGAUCCAAAACCUUCCUCCCCAUUUCUUAUGUGAGUCUCUGCCUUGGCAGACAAACCUUGACUGAAGAUCUCAUGUAGAAUAAAUUAAUCCAAGUCAAUGUCUGUCAAUGUCAAAAAAAAGUCUGUACAAAUAAUUCACUACACACAAUUACUUGCACAAUACGAAGAAUGUCUGAAAACAUGGAGAUGCCUCAGUGUACUAUUAAAACAGGCAGAUUGUUUGUCAGAUAGAAUUUUGAUUCUUCUAAGUCCAGUUCAUUAUGGUAAUAUAUUAAGUUACAGUACAACAUUAUAGAAUAAGGAUAUUACCAGAGGAAUUGAUAUAAUAGAUUUCUAAAUAUGUGAAACAUCUAAUAAAAUGUGUGAUUUCUGCAAAA